GUCAGCGCGCCCAGACACGCUUGCCAGUGUAAACAAACCACGCACCGCGAGUCACCCGCCACGUUUUAAUAAAGUUCUCCGGCCUUCCCUGUUCUUUCCAAGUCCAUUUCGAUAAUUUUGCCUACGUCAUUGAAGCCUCAUAGCAGUGUACAAAUCCUAAGAGGCGUGUAGUGUUACCAGUGCAUCACUGAAAGUUCAGGACCUUCAGCACCUUAUACCAUACCUUCGUUCAUCUCCUGCACUCAAAGUUAAGUAAACAGUGACUUACCUAGCAUUUCCUAAUAUUUUGUGACAUUAUUUAACUGUCCUGCACCAGUACAGUUGUCGCUGAAGCCAUACUUUCAGUAAAUUGUUCAGUUUUAGACAUCAGUGUACACUUUGUACAUUUUGCCACUUACCUACAGCUUCUUAAAUUUUGUACAUUUAUUUUGCACUCCUGCACUUUAAAUUCCAGCAUAUUAUUCUGCAUCUUGUACCUCAGUUGUCAUUGACUUAAAUUGUUCAGUGUUAACCAUUUAUACAAUUUCCUUUCAUAAUACAGUUUGCAAGUAAUUCCUGUGUGCUGUUAUUUUGAUAGUUGCACCUGCAAGUUAGCCACAGAUUGUUGACAACCCUGUACAGUUUUGUUUGUUAGUGUUUUUUUUUUUUUGAAGUGUAAUCUCCAAGUUCUUAAGUAUUAGUUUGUUUAUUCUACCUGCAGUGAUACAAUUUGUGCCUAGCCCCUUGCACUUUUCUCCUGUGUCCCCAUUUAUUUGCUCUACAUAUAUUCUGUUUUAUCUAUAUUCUAUGUUUUAUCUGUGAAUAUUCACCAAUGUGCAUUGCAUUUUGCUAUUGUGUAUGCCCAAGUCAAUGAGUGCAUUUUUGGGAACCUGCUUAUUUACCAUUAAUUACCAAAAUUACUUGUGAAGUUUAUUAAUUUUGUUCCAGAGAUUGAGUAAUUUUUGCUUUUGCCAGUGUACACCCUGCUAACACCAGUUAACCAUUGCCCUAUUAUUGAAUUUAAUAAUUUGCAUUUUUAUUAAUUUUAUUUUGUGUGCAAUAUAGCAUUUCUUGAUACAGUGCAUUUUUUUCUGUGAUUUUUGGCACUAUUCCAUACUCUGAUAUCUUUGCUGUGUCAGCCUCCCUUGGUGCAAGUGAAUUAUUUUUUUUUUUUUGCAUUCCAAAUUGCAACUGCCAGCACCUGCAACCUUUUUCUGCAUGUUGAGAAAGCUUGCAGCACAGUUUAGUGUUGUGUAAUACCUGAUUUAUUUUAAAUUUUGUGCAAUUUUUGCUACCAGUGUUUACAGUUCAACUCCUUUUCAUAAAUUUUGUUGCCAGUCUACUGGUGCAAUAUUAAAUACCCUUAGCAUCAUUUUGUGUAUUCCCCUGUAGUUCAUUCACUUGCAUACACAUCUCUUAUUUUGUGUUUCAGAGUGUACCACUAUUUUUUGUUGUUGUUGUUUCGCUCAAAUUAUUUCAAUCACUAAGCAGUUUACCUAGUACCGUGGUGCUGUGUUCUCUCUGACUCCGUGUUGAGUUGUAGCCAGUGCAUACCAUUUCUUGCUCUGAUCUGUUUACCCUCUUUGUGACCUGCUUUGCGUUUGAACAAUUGACAUCAUGACUAAGACACGCAGUGGCCGUAAUAUUAGUCCAUUUUCUGCUGACGCUGGCAAUGGUGCCUCAGCCGGCGUGAUCACGCAGCAGGAGGGCGAAGCCUCCCUUACAGUUGGUCAAGUCGUGGCUCAAGUCUCGACCACUAGUGGGUCGGCUUAUCAUCCAUUCCUGACCCUUUUUUUUGACGGUCGUUCGAAUAGGUUAGAGCCAUUCCUGCAGUCAGUCGAGACGACUGUUAAGGCUCAAUAUGAUAGUCCCUCUGACGCACAGUACAUUCGUGCUGCUGUUGCAGCAAUGGAUCUCACCCGGGAUGAUAUAGGUACCUUUGUGCAACUCGAUCACGUUUGUGAGAUUCAAUCUUGGGUUGCGCUUAAGGAGGAAUUUAGGCACUAUUUUCGGCGUAGUCGCCAACGCCAUUACCUUGAGAUCUUGACCAGCGUCUUGGCCAAACGUCAGUACAGGCACGAAAGCCCCCUGUCUUGCCUUUGCCGUUUUGAGCAAGCUGCUAAAUAUUUUGGUGAUGCAAUACGUUCCACUAAGUGGGUGACUGGUGACGAGAGUAUCAAGGUUAAAGACAUUGUCCCCAUGCUAGCUGUAGGCAUCAUGCGGAGGGAUGCCCCCCCUAGUCUCCAGGGUGCCAUUGAUGCGCUAGGGCUCGGCCCUGAGCACACAGUCCUGGGUGCAUACAAUGCCAUUGACGCAAUCAAGCCGCCUGCUGAGAAAGGCAAGGUUUGUCGCUUUGCGGACGAUCCUAUGCCCGUCUUCCUGGCAUCAUCCACAGCGAUGCCACAGGCGCAGCCGGAGGUCACUUUUGCCGCAGCUGUCAGACAGCCGGCCCUCAAAGCUUCCAACCCCAGUUCUACUAGCACUUGGCUGAGUAAAAAUAGUGACUCCAGUAACAACAGUCGGUCCAAAACAAAGAAGCCGUCACUGACUUCCUCGACCAAGGCAAAACGUCACCAGCACACACCACCUCCAGCACCACCUGCUAAGCGCGUGGUGACUUGCUUUAAUUGUGGCAAACGCGGGCAUUAUCGAUCCGAAUGUUACAAACCUAAGUCCCCGCGAGGUAACCGUCACUGUCCCCACACUCAGUAUCGAGAAGGAGUCUGCAUGUAUCACAACACUUCCAGUCAUACCUCUAACGAGUGCUACAAGCUGCGAAGUAUCCUGUCAGCGCAGCGGAGCAAGCAUUCGUUGCACAAUGCACGUGCUAGCAGGAGCCCUUCCUACUAGUUCGGAGGAAGAGGCACGUCCGAGAAAUCAGUGAAAGGACGUAGUAACCCUGUCGGAGUCGCUGUAUUCCGUCCCUGUCCUCGAUGCGUUCGCUGCCCUGGGCAGUGAUACGCUUGCCGACAGUGAGGAAACAGAGUGCCCUGAUGUUGUUGCAGAGACUCGUACCGUACCUUGGUUAUAGGGUUUAAAACCAUGGCAGACCUUAGGAUCCACUUAGAUCCGGCUGAGUGAAAAGCAGAUUUCAAUGGAGUGGGUGUGCCCUUCUGUGGCUUGCGCUUAGGAUUCACUAUGUGCUACUCUGUCUCAGAGUAUGCACAGCGUCUGGAAUCAUUGGAAACCGAUGGUUUCCGUAGAACAUUCUCCCCGGGGUCGGUCUCUUGUCCUGAUCAACCUCGUAGUAGAGCUCGUUGCCCGUCACCUCCUGGCCAUCAGCGCUUAGUUACUAGUGAAACCGAGUCUGGGGAUGCCAGUCUAACCUUCACUCUAACUCUAGCGUUGUUGUAGAGAACAGCAGUUGUCAAGCCGCAGAUCCCCCUCGAUGACCAGAGCAAAGAGUUGACAGCUUUCUCUACACCAAACGGUCAUUACCAGUUCAGGAGGAUGCACUACGGCUUGCGUGGAAGCCCAAUCACGUUUAGUCGUUUGAUGAUGACAAUUUUCCGUACCCUCCUAGGUGGCACACUCAUGGUCUACCUAGAUGAUCUCAUAGUCAUGCUGCAAGAUGUCCCGACACAUCUCGAGAAACUUGACAGGGUGUUGGACAAGCUAGCUCAGGCAAACCUUAAGGUAAAGCUAUCCAAAUGUCAUUUCCUCCGGAAGGAAAUAAAAUUCCUGGGUCACGUAGUGACUUAGAAUGGCAUAAAGACGGACGAAUCUAAAAUCUCGGCCGUACAGAAAUUCCCCAGACCCAUGACGGCGGAUGCAGUCCGGUCCUUCAUAGCCCUGGUGGGUUUCUACCGCACCUUUAUCGCAGGUUUCUCCACCAUUGCUGCACCCCUGACAAACUUACUCAAGAAGGACGCCCCUUUUGAGUGGACGUGUGAUCAAGAACGAGCUUUUGUCACUCUCAAGAACAAGUUAACAUCAGCCCCAGUCCUUAGAUUCCCUGAUUUCUCCAAGGCAUUUACCUUGACGACUGAUGCCAGCAAAGUUGGCAUCGGUGCAGUCUUGUCACUGGAAUCUAAUGGUAAGCAACAGCCUGUUACCUAUGCUAGCCGUGUCCUUACUAAAGCAGAAGUCAAUUACUCAGUGACAGAGCUAGAAGCUUUAGCCAUUAUAUGGGCCUUGUCAUUUUCGGGAUAUCAUCUACCAUUAUCCUAUCAAGAUUUACACAGAUCAUCUACCUUUAUUGGCCCUUUUCGCUAAUAAGAACCUCUCGGAAAAGCAUGCUUGGUGGUCGCUCAUGUUCUGAAAUUUGCUAUGUCCCAGGUAAGCAAAAUGUUGUAGCUGAUGCCCUGUCGAGGCAUAUAGCAUUCGUGAGUGUCGACAACUCGUUCUCUGUUGAGGAUCUUAGAGAGAGCCCAACGGCAGGACCCUGUGUGGUCUCCAGUCCUUCGUUUCCUGACCAAGGAGGACGUUGACUUACAAGUCAAGUCUCCCGUUCCACUGAAGGAUUUAGUGGUCAACCAAGGAGUACUGUGCCGUGUUGCACAGCUGGUGGACCCUGGCAGAACCAUAUACCAACUGGUGAUACCGGAGUCCAUGAUACCAGCUACUCUUAGGUUGAUCCACGAUGUCCCAGAUGUAGUGCACCCCAGGAAGGACCGCAGUAUCAAACAGGCACGAAUGAAAUAUUUCUGGCCUAAGAUGGCAGCGGACAUUGCCAAGCAUGUACACCAGUGUGUUGUUUGCUUACAGCACAAGUGUACCGUUACAGGUCCUAACCCCAUUCUAAAGUAUCCCAUUACAAAGGAGCCCUGGGAGAGAACUUCCGUCGACCUGUUGACGAACUUUUGGACCUCGGAGAAGGGAAAUAAGCACCUGCUUGUAAUGGUAGAUAACUUGACACAGUACACUGAAUUAGUACCCAUUCCUGAUAAAACUGCCCAGACUGUUGCUAAUGCUUUCUGUGAGCAUGUUGUUCUCCGUCAUAUCUGCCCACGUGUCCUUCUGUCAGACAAUGGGUCUGAGUUCAUAAAUGCCAUAAUGCAGGAUCUUUGCUCCAGAUUUAACAUUCACCAAUCGCCAGUAGCUCCACGCCACCCUGCGAGUAAUGGUCUUGCUGAACGUACAAAUUGCAAAGUCCUGGAGGUGCCUAGGGUAACCGUUAACCCAAGUUGUACAUGUGAUGAGGCUAUCCCAGAUGUUCAGUGUAUAUUAAACUCCUCCCUCAACAGCUCGAUCGGUGAGACACCUCAUUUUGCUUUGUAUGGCUAUGACAAGUGCUUACCGUACGAAAUUUGUUUGCUCCGCCUCGACCUACUUACGACACUGAUAACCCAGUGUAGUAAAGAUGCGGACUAUGCAGCUUGUUUUCCAGCAGCUACAAGAGAACCUUAUGAAAGCUACUGAUAGGUUCACAUCUGAGUGCAAUGCCCUUGCCAAGGAAAGCAAAGUGGAACCAAGUUGCAAAGUUAUGUUGCUCAACCUGGUGCAGACCCCAGGUAUGCACAAACUUGUCCCUAAAUUCAUGGGCCCUUACCGUGUCCUCCGACAGCUCCGUGGCAAUAAGUUCAAGGUGAGGGAGAUUGCUAUGGAACUAUCAAAGAAGCCCACCUUGAUCACGUGAAGUAUGUGGACCACGUGCAAGCCGAAGCAGAGCUGGAGUCGCGUGCGUUGCAACGCCACAAUCAGACCAAUGCUAGGGACAACUCGUCUACUACUUCUCCCACUACUACUGUUACUGAUGACAGCCCAGUAAGGUUCCAUAGUUAUGGCCUGCGACCCAGGACAACAGUACAUUUCUGUGACAUUGACGUACCUACUGACUUGUCUGACUCCUACGCUAGUUAUGCUUGUUUGCUUGCAGAAAUGGGUAUAAAUGCACACACAUUGUAUAGUUAGUGGAUAAUGGAGUCAGGGUGGACAUCAUCAUGUAAGUAUGUAAAUAAUUUUAGAAGGGUACCCAGAGUAUGAUGAAUUCCAUGGACAUAGUAUUAUUGUAGGUAUGUGCACCCAGUGUAUCUUUUAAAGCCUGUAUUGCGGUCAGGGCAGUGCUGCCCUUUGAGUCAUAUGUCACACCUUAGGAAAUCCUACCGUCAGUCAUUGUUUGCAGAUGUGAGGGUGCAACAGCGUUCAUAGACGAAUAGUCAAGCCUGAUGUUCAACCCUGCGGACAACCUGUAUAUAGAAGAUUUUAGUUCCAGUGCUGAUGUCUCCGGACUUUCUCCUCAAUGAAGCUGCGCGGGCAAGCCAGUUUUCUCUUCUUCCUGGAUGGGAAGUUUUUUUUUUUUUUUUUGCCUGUUGCAUUUUAUGUCCAUUUUUGAUUUACGAGUGAGUGAAAGCCAGUCCCUCCCUGGGGUAGCUAGUGUAAGUAAUUCUUUUGCACCUACGGGCCCACCAGUAGUGUGUGGCCGAGCAAAUGUAGACAGCCUGUACUGUCAGCACAGACAGCCUAUGCUGUCUGCCAGCUUAGUUCAUAUUUCGCGGCACUUAAGUGCUGCCCUCUCUAGGCCUACCCAGGUCAGUGGGUCGCUGGGCCUACUCGGUCUCACUUCACGGCUGACUGACUCGAGAGGUACAAGUGCUCCCCUCCACGGACUGGCUAUCGGUCAUUCCCUCACAUUGCCCGUUGUAUACUCACUCCUAUCCAAUUAAAGCCAAACUAGUC